AAGCUGAUCCGCACGUCCCUGGUGGAAUCCAGCCACCACGUGGAGUUCCUGCAGCGAGACCCCAGCUCCCCCCUCUUCUCUGUCAAGAGCUUCGAGGAGCUGCCCCUGAAGAAGGAGCUUCUGACAGGCAUCUACUGCAUGGGCUUCAACCGUCCCUCCCGGAUCCAGGAGACCGCCCUGCCCAUCAUGCUGGCCUACCCACCCCAAAAUCUGAUCGCCCAGAGCCAGUCGGGGACGGGGAAGACGGCGGCUUUCGUCUUGGCCAUGCUGAGCAGGGUGAACCCCCUGGAGAAGCACCCCCAGUGCCUCUGCUUGGCCCCCACCUACGAGCUGGCCCUGCAGAUCGGGCAGGUGAUCAAGGCCAUCGGGAGGUUCUGCCCCGAGGUGGAGGUUGCCUACGCCAUCCGGGGAAGCCGAGCCCGGCAGGACGAGGCGCCCAGGCAGCAGAUCGUCAUCGGCACGCCGGGCACCACGCUGGACUGGUGCUUCAGGAUGAAGGUGCUGGACCUGCAGAAGAUCAGGCUCUUCGUGCUGGACGAGGCCGACAUCAUGAUCGACACGCAGGGGCUGUCCGACCAGAGCAUCCGCAUCCAGAGGUCCCUGCCCAAGGACUGUCAGAUGCUGUUCUUCUCGGCCACCUUCCGCGAGCGGGUGCGGACCUUCGCCACCCAGAUCACCUCCAACCCCAUCGUCAUCAAGCUGCGGGAGGAGGAGCUGACCCUCACCAACAUCAGGCAGUACUUCUUCGUCUGCAGGAGCUGCCAGGAGAAGUACCAAGCCCUCUGCAACAUCUACGGCAGCAUCACCAUCGGCCAGGCCAUGAUCUUCUGCCAGACGCGCCGCAGCGUGGACUGGCUGGCGGCGGAGAUGCGGCAGGACGGGCACCAGGUGGCCAUCCUGACAGCAGAGCUGACGGUCACCCAGCGGGCAGAGGUCAUCCAGCGCUUCCGGGAGGGCAAGGAGAAGGUCCUGAUAGCCACC